GCAGCGGGGCCGUUGGCGGGCACCGCGCGAGGGCGCGGCGAGCGUUGCCCUAACGCCCGCAGGCGGCAACCGACCGCGGCGGGAUGGAGCGGGUGGUGAGGGAGCGACCGCACCGCUCCAGGGCUCCCCCAAAGCCGCCCCCGCGGCCCCGCCGCCAGCCGGCGCCGCCGCCCACCCCCAAGGAGAAGGCGAAGGUCCCUUUAAUCAAAAUCGAGAAGCCCGACCUGGAGGUGGGAGAUGCCCCGGACAGGAGACAGUUAAGCUCCCAGUGCAAGUGCUUCCCAGCUCCGGGAACUGUUAAAGCGGAGACCAACGGCACCAUCAAGGCCGAAGGAGACCAGAAAUGGGGCGGUGGAGAAAGCCAGAACGAGAUGAAGGUGCCGGAGGAGUGGGAAAGUGGGAAGAAGCCCUGGAGCGCUAUCAAAGUGGAACCCCCUCAGGUGGUUUCUGAGACCUGGAAGGUGGAGACAGAAAAGGAGGAUGCCCCGGCUGCCUCCCUGUGUGGGCCUGCUCAUGCCAGCACUGCUGCCAUCAAAGCGCAGCAGCAGCGUGAGGAGACUGGGAUCCUCCCUGAAGAUCGAAAGAUGCCAGUUGUGCUUCAGUCCUUGCCCCCUGGGACCUGCAUACAGAUCCAUGGCCCUGUGCCGCCAGAGCUGAUCCGUGUGACUCAAGUGCCAGAGAAACAAGUGCCGCCUCAAUUACAGCCAGUAAAGGUUGAAACUAGAGAUGUGCCCCUCACAGUACUGCCCUCUGAUUCAGGAAUGCCAGAUACUCCAUUUGGCAAGGACAAAAGUGGCCACGUAAAGCGUCCCAUGAAUGCAUUUAUGGUGUGGGCAAGGAUUCAUCGGCCUGCCCUAGCAAGAGCUAACCCAAAAGCCAAUAAUGCAGAAAUCAGUGUUCAGCUUGGAUUGGAGUGGAGCAAACUGACUGAGGAGCAGAAGCAGCCCUAUUAUGAUGAAGCUCAUAAGAUUAAACAAAAGCACAGAGAGGAAUUUCCCGGUUGGGUUUAUCAACCACGACAAGGCAAAAGGAAGCGUUUUCCUCUGCCUGUGUCUUCUGUAUUUUCCAGCGCUUCUCAGAGUAUCAUCGCUACAACUCCAGCUGUCAUUUGUCCCUUCCAGUCACCUGCUUGUUCAGUUGUCAUCCCCAGUGUUCAGAACAGUGUUGGACAUCCAGUCUGUGGGGCUUCUCCUGCCAUCCGUCUGCCAGCUUCUUCCAUUCAACAUCCUGGUCCAAUUACUUUUUUCCAGACUACUAGUACAAGCACCACAUCCAUGGUUGUUCCAUCUCCAACCCUGCCCCUGUACCCUGUAAUUUCACCACAGCACAUUGUUGAACCUGCUCAGAGAGAAGCUCUUAAUGCAUCAUCUGGGCUCAAUUGCUCUCUGAGGAGACUUACACCAGUUUUCACUGAGAGCUUCAGCAGAAACCCAAGCAGCAUAACCACCACUAAUAGCAGAUUUUCUGUCUGUAAUAUUGAGCCCCCAAAGCAGUAUCUAGGGCUUCCUGUGUUUCCUAGAGCUGUACCUCUUCCCCCAGCUACCCCUUUUCUUCCCUCACAUAUCUAUGAGUCUCCACCCAUUGUUCCACCAGCCAGUCUGUUUGGAGUACCUCCUCGGUUUCCAUUCUACCACCCUUACAUUGUGCCUGGACCUCACUACUUCCCUUCAAGCACAUGUCCAUUCAGCCGGCCUCCAUUUGGCUUUGGGAAAUUCUCCAGCCCAGUAUCUGAAUGCCUUGGCUUUUAUGAAGACAGAUACCGAAGACAGGAGGUGCUGUUUUCACCUUUAGGCAGAGACUAUCCUUUCAGGGAAUAUCCAAACGAAAAUAUGCAUGAGAACCUUGAACCACUGCCAUGUCACAGCAGCUGCAAUGUAAAUGAGUAUUCCAGCCCUCUACCACAGCUGGAUGUUGAAGUAUUGGAGGAGGUUUUGUCAAUCACUUCAUCUCCCUCCAGCAUCAACCUAGUCAAUGUAACUGACAGCGAUGAGGAAGAAGUAAAGUUAUUGCAAGAACUGUAGCUUUAAAACCCAACUUUAAAAACAGGCAAAUAGUGUAGAAGGUUAUUAAUGCUUUCUUCAAUGCUGACUUUUCAGUGUGUUCAGUGAAAGAUCUAUGUAGCUUGAGAGAUCUGUACAGGUAAUUUUGAAGUCUUAUGAUCCGUUUGCAUUGUCAGAGUUCACAUAUAGAUCUGGAAAGGUCAAAAGCCUCUGGAGUUUCACCUGCUUCAUCAGGACAUUGUUUGGGCCCUGUCUCAGGAGAGCACUUACACAGGAAUUCAGCUCUAAGCAUGUGAUAAUGUGCUUUCCUGAGGAGAGGUGUGCUUAAGGACAUCUUUUUAACGCCAAAAUAGGCCCUUUGAUGGUAUUUGCCAUAAUUUUCUAGGCAUUACUUUAGGAGUUUUAAUGAGUGAAAUAGUUCUUGUUUAUGACUGCAAUGUAAUUCUUACUGCAGUAAAAUACUCUAAGACCUGGAAAGUGAAGUCACAAAUUACUCUCUGCAGUGCUUUGUAUUUUUCCUUUGAUGAAAUAGGUUUAAAUUUAAUUUGGUUAAAAUUUUAACUGUAGUCUCUUGUUUCUGGUACAGCUUCUAUAUAAAACAUUGACCAUUUACAUCAGUUUCAGUAAUGUCUUGGUCUGAAACCAGUGCCAUUAAUUAAAGUGGGAUUGUCCAGAAGGUGUAGUGAGACAUGGUAGCACCCAGAGAGAGGAAGUCAUAUGGGCUCUGGCCCUGUGGCUUACACUAGUAGUCUUUGACUUGAUCCCUGAGUGUAGUUAGCACUGCAAAGAAUUCUCCAGACAAUACCAAAUUCUCUGAAGUUUAUCAAAGGGAAAUUCUCUCUGCUGAAUUCAAAGAGUAAUGAAAUUCAACAUUUUUUUUGCCAAAAUGUGUAGUUUAUGUUAUUUUGUCCCCUUUCCCCCUGUUUUGUGGAAUAGAGAGUAAUUUUUUUUUUCCUGGGAAUUUUGUUAUGUUUCUG